AUGCAUUGCUGCUUGACAUUUGCCCCAUUUCCAUGUAGUUCACGAGUCUAUCAGAGGAGUGACAGAUACGUAAUAGUCUCAAGUUCGUUCACUAGCAUUAAAGCUUUAGCAUUUCAUCUUACAAAUGAAGAAGGGGCUGACACAAAGCGCCCUUUAAUAGAUGCCAGAGUUCUCUCCAGAGUUACUAAUUUAUUUAUUGUGAAAAAACCUAUUGAACUCAAAUUGGAUGACAGAAGGGAACUGGUUAUUAAGUUGGAGACAGUUGAAAGGGUUUAUGAAAUUUUCACCUCAGAUGAUGUUGAUCUUCUUUUGAGAAAGUCAGCUGCUGAACAGUUAGCUGUGAUUAUGCAAGAUAUUAAAAUGCAUGCUGUGGUGAAAAAGUUAUGCUUAAUUGACAAGAUAAUUGAAUACUUAAAUGAAUGUGUGGGUCAGCAUGGUAAGGUGGUAGAGUGCUUGACCCAGCCAUGCCUCACGCUCUUGAGGAAGGUUCUAUGUGCUGAUCCAGUUGUGCGUGUUUCCCUCUCGCAACAGUCUUCUCUCUUGAUCCUGUUAUUCAGAGUUUCCUUGAUAUUUCAUGAAGACUGUACUGUUGUGACUGAAGUUGGCGCAUUGUUUUGUCUUCUGUUAUUUGAUGAGGUAUCAAGAAUGGAUAUGUGGUCUGAAGAUCCUUCCAGUAAACCUACUUUGUCAUCAGUUUCAGUUUGCCUGUUUCAGUUUUUAGAAG